GUUGAACUGGCCCAAUCGAGAAAGAUUAAUAUGCUUCUCCGGCCCAGGCAGGGUGUUGUGCAAUUGUUCUUGCCAGAGAUAGGUUCUUGAAACCUAAAGGCACCAGUCAUGGCAUCACAAGACCAGGCCCGCCCUAUGAAGCUAUGCUUCGUCACGGUGGGAGCCACGGCUUCGUUUCAUUUACUUCUGCAGGCCAUAGUGGACGAUAGAUUUCUGGCUGCCUUGCAUGAAGCCAAUUAUACGCAUCUCCUAGUCCAAUACGGGAAGGACAGCCAAGCUCUCUUUGAAGAGCUUCUCAGCAAAUAUCCCCCUGGGAGCCCAAGUCGGCACGGUAUUGAGAUAGACGGGUUCGAUUUCAAUCAUGCAGGUCUAGACGGGGAGAUGAGGCUUGCUCAACCGAGACUUGAUGAAGGUCGAAGUGGGGGGUUGAUUAUCAGUCAUGCAGGAUCGGGCAGUAUCCUGGGCGCACUACGUUUAGGAGUGCCACUUGUGGUUGUUCCAAAUACAACCUUGAAGGACAACCACCAGGUGGAACUGGCCCGUGAGUUGCAGAAGCAAGGUUAUGUCAUUGCUAGCGGACAUCAGGAGGUGUCUGCUGCUGUAGGGCGCGCAGAGACACUACGGGCUCGCAUGCUGGCGUGGCCGCCUGUCAAUGGAGCAAAUCAGAAACGUCAUCGCACGCUGGAUCAAGUGAUGUCGGAUGAAUUGGGCUUCUUGGAUUAAAUUUCCCUCGCCGGGGUACCUCUGCGUGAGGGCAUUGUGUCCGAACCUACUCCUACUGGUGUUGUUGAAGCUUGUAUAGUCGUACCUAUGGGCCCUCAAACGAAGUAUACGAUCGGCUCGAGCAGACUUAAAAAUUCGGGCUUUUCGUUUGUGUUGCCCCGAACUUGCAGGCCAGUUAGCUGCAGGCAUGUUGCUCUACAAGUCUUAUAUGCUACGCAGAUGUCAGCUGUAUAUUUUCCACAAGCAUAGAAUCAAUCGAAAAGAUCACCUUAG